UCACCAGUGCAGCAGUCGAGAAAUUCUGUGACGUUUGACGCAACUUGGUUAUGAUUUUGGAAAUAAGCAAUACGAUUUUGUGUUAAAAUGUUGGAAAUAUUUAUUUGAUUUCAAUAUUGUGUUAGUGUUUUGAGAAAAUAAUUCAAUCAACGGCUAGAAAACAAUUAUUGUUGAAAAUGAGCUUUGCGGACAAGCAAGUUGGCUCCAUGAAGGAUUGGCUCACGACUCUCGAAGGUCUUCAUGUCAAGAGAGGAGAGAUGAACAAAUUAAUUAUGAAUUAUUUGGUUACUGAGGGCUUCAAAGAGGCAGCAGAGAAGUUCCAGGUGGAGUCGGGCGUGCAGCCCACCAUAGAUCUGGAUUCGAUGGACGAACGCAUCCGCAUCAGAGACGCCAUUCAGAGCGGACGCAUUGAGGAGGCCACGCUAUUGGUCAACCAGUUGCACCCUGAGUUGCUUGACAACGACCGAUAUCUCUACUUCCAUCUACAGCAACUGCACCUGAUCGAGCUGAUCCGUGGCGGAAAGGUGGAGGAGGCGCUGAAGUUCGCACAGGACCAGCUGAGUGAGGCGGGCGAGGCCGACCCAACUGUUCUCAACGAGUUGGAGCGAACCCUCGCGCUGCUCGCAUUCGACGAGCCUCAAGUCAGUCCGUUCAGCGACCUCCUCGAUCAGACGCAUCGUCAGAAGGUUGCAAGUGAACUGAACGCAGCCAUACUGAAAAUGGAACACCAGGAACCGACCACACCCCGGCUCUACACUCUGAUCAAGAUGAUUCUGUGGUCGCAGGACGAGCUGGACAAGAAGAAGGUCAAGUACCCGAAGAUGACCGACCUGGGUUCGGGUACCAUCGAGUCGCCCAAGUGACGAUUGGUCUCCCCCCCGCCCGUCGACCACUCCAUGGACACGCACGACUUCUAUCAGGGACAGUAGGCCGACGUCUAAAAAACCAACCUAACAUAAAUAAUUGGUCGAGUGUGACCCGAAAAAGUGGUUUGCAUAAUUUAGAAAAGUUAAGGCAGAACCUUGGAAAUGGUAGUUCAGGAUAGGAUUGGAUCACCCAAUGAACUCACGACUUCUAUCAGGGACAAUAGGCCGACGUCUAACCUAACCUGACCUAAAAAGUGGUAGUCUUGAAAAGUGAAGGCAGAACUUUAUAAAUUGUAGUUUUGGUUAGGAUUAGAUCACCCAAUGGAAACUCACUCACGAUAUCAUUCUAUCAGGGUCAGUAGGCUGACGUUCAACCUAACCUAACAUCAAAAAGUGGUUGUGUGACCUGAAAACGUGAUUGCAUCUUGCUUAAUCUAGAAAAGUAAAGGCACCUUAUAAAUAGUAGUUCUGGCUAGGAUUAGAUCACCUAAUGGACACUCACGAUAUCUAUCAGGGACAAUAGGCCAACGUCUAACCUAACCUAACAUAAAAAAGUGGUUGUGUGACCUGAAAACAUGAUUGCAUCUUGCAUAAUCUAGGAGAGUGAAUGCAAAAUCUUAUAAAUGGUGGUUCUGGUUAGGAUUAGAUCACCCAAUGGACAUCAGGAUCUCUGUCAGUGAUAGCAAAACGAAAUGGUGACAUCCAACUUCAAAAUUUCAAAGCAAUCUGAAAACGUGGUUACGUGGUUGCAUAAUUUUAAAAAAUGAUGGCCAGACCAAAAAAGUGGUUGUUCAAAUAGAAAUAGAUGACUGGCUAGCCAGCAAUCAUGGUUUGGAAAGAAAGUAGCUGACCUCUCAUAAGAGAAAUGACUGACCUAACCUAAGAAAGUAACAUCUAAAGAUGUGUACUAAAAACCUGAAAAGUUGUUCUAUUUCAACAUAGAUAAAAAGUGAUGUUGGCCUGGAAACUGAAAAUGAUUGAUUUAUUAGGAGAAUGAUUGAAUAGCCUUGAAGUGAUACCUUAAUAUCUGAUUGCAAUAACUAAAAUGUGAUUUUUCAACUUCAUAGAAUUAAUGCCUAGCCUUGGAAGUGAUCUUAUUAUUGAAACAGGAUGGUUGAUGGCCUUUUUUAAUGGGAAAAUGACUGAUCAACCUAACCUAUAGUAAAAUUAAUACAAAAGCUAGAAAUGUGAUUGUUAAACUUCAAAAAGUUAGCUGCCUAUCCUAGAAAGUGAUUUUGAUCUUGGAAACCAAGUGUUUGACUUUUUCUAAAAGUGUUACGUCCUCUCCCUCCUGAAGCUGUGUCCCCGUCUAGUGACUAAAAGGAUAUGACUGACUCCUCUCCACACAUUAGGGUUAGUAAAUACUUGAAAAUAUUGCCUCACAUUUUUACUAUUGACUGAUGCUAAGCAUAUUAUGGUAUUAGAUUAAUAUUUGUUGAUUGAUCAAUUUUGAAAUAAAAAAUAGAAAAAACUUAUACAUCAAUUAUUGGUAGCCUACCUAAUCUAUUGAUUGAAUAGAAUCUAAGAGUUAAGCCACGUUUACACCAAAAUUGUCAUCUGAGAUUCGAACAGAUUUCUGUGAUUUCUUGACAAUUACUUAACUCUGAAGCACAGCAACAUUUAACGUGUUAUCUAUAGAAAAAAUUGAAAACUUUUUUGAAGAAAAAAAUAUUCGUGAACAUUUUGUUGACAACACUGGUGUAAACGUGGUUCAAGGAUAACAAUUUUAAUAGUCCAAUCUUGAUACUUGCCUAUAUUUACAAAAAAUAGAAUAUUUUAAGGUAAUUAACAUGGUAUUAGAAUGAUACCAUAUAAUAAUAUUCAAUAUUUAUUAAGAGAAAAUACAUUCUAUGGAUAUUUGUCGAGUAACAUAGAAUUUUAAAUAAUUUAUUGAAUUUGUUUUGACUGUGCUUAAAGUAGCAUGAUAAUUAUUAGAGUUGAAUAUGAUGAUACUCGUCCUGGAUACAAUAAGACUCCAAUAUAAUAUCAGUUUUAAUAAUAUAUAGAUUAUAGUAAGUAUUUUACAUGACUUUUUUAAUUGGAUGUAUUCUUAUUUAUUACAGAUAUUCAACCAAUUUUUGAAUUUUGAAAAAUACCACCAAAUUCUAUAGUAUAACUUAGUACAUGUAAUAACCUAUCAGUUUUUAACUGUAGAAGUUGAAUUAACUAACCCUUUUCGAAUAUAUACUUGACAUUAGAUUAACAUUAAUCAGCUUUAUAUAAUAGUAAUACAAUGAAAUAGAAACACUCAGAUUAUGUCAAUUCUAAAUUUAUUUAUGGUACAGGAUCAUGGUUUCGUGGCCACAUAAAGUCCGAGAUAAAUUACUUUUAACAUGAAGAGGAGAAACCCUCAUAGAUCCCCUCAUAAACCCACUUUUUAGAUCAUAUCAUGAAGCUGACUCAGCCACAAAAUCUUGUAUUAUAAAUAAAUGUGUAAAUGGUCAUAUAAUACCAUUAUAAAAGGUCUUGUACUAUAAAUAAAUGUAGCCUAGAAUUCACAAAAUCUGUGUGUUUUUAUUUCAUUAUACUCUACUCUAUGGAUUUUCUGAAUAUUAACUCUUUUUAUGAGUAUAGGAUGAACUUUAUUUGAUGAAAAUUAUGAUUGUAGAAUCAUUCAAUGAUAAGAUCUCUAAUAUUGUUAUUGUGUUUGUAUUCUCAGUGUUUUUCAGCUUGAAAUUUUGAAAAUAGAACAUUUUGAUGUGAACACUUUUCGAUGAAAUUUGUGACUUAAUGUUGAAGAAAUCGACAUUUUUGGACACUAGACUAUAAUAUUGUCUACUUGAGGUAUGAUAAUGUUUAUUUGUUGUGAUUAUGAUACUAAAGCAAUGUUUGAUUAUACAAUAUUGUAUUAUUGUUGUUUGGAUUAAAAUUUGUAGAAGGUA